GGCGCGACAUUCAUGACCAUUAAUACUUUCUACGGACUUUCUAUCGACAACUACAUAAUUUUCCAUUCAUAAGUCAAGUUAGAUAGGGAAAAUGCCUCCUGCUUAUGAUGAAGAGGAAGGAAUGGGACCUCUUGAAAAAGGUCGGCAUCGAUACCAGAAGAAGAACUACCAGGGCGCAUUAGCAGCAUUCGCAGAGGCAGUGAAAAUCAGUACUGGCUAUCUAUUGCUCACUGCUUUGGAUCAUCGCAGUGCUACAUAUGAGAAGUUGGGUCAAUUACAACUGGCUCUUAAAGAUGCGAAGGAAAUGCUUGAACUGAAACCAGAACUAUCUAAAGGAUAUCUCCGAUGCGGGAAAGUUUUACAACUCAAAGGAGAGCGUCAACUGGCCUUGAAAAUCUACGAGCGUGGCCUCAGAAAGGUCAAAGUCGACACUGACAAAGAUCGGUUAAUCCUCCAAGCAAUGUUCAAUAAGUUACAAAAGUCGCUAGCUCCUAGUAAAACUCUAGAUCCCCUCUCAUACCUACCCUUUGAAUUGGCAGAAAUGAUAGCCCAGCAGCUCAGUAUACGAGACCGAAUGAUUUGUUUGGGUGUGAGCAAGUCAUGGAAGCGAGUAUUGGAAUCUUCUCAUAAGCUCUGGACCACCUUCGACACUACCAGUAGUAGAAGAAGUCUCCCUCAAAAAUCUUUGAGGGCAUAUCUGAAAAGAUCAAAUUACACCGUCGAUGAAGCUGAUAUUAGAUACGAUACUAUCGAUGCCGCGAAAUUGCAGUAUCUCAUCAGAACGUGUACGAAGUUGCGACGCCUUACAAUGCGCAACAUAAAUAAUGCUGUGAUCGGAGAGACCUUAACUUCAGCACUUCCCCUGGCAAAGUCAUUGCAAUAUUUGAAUUUGCAGAUGUUUCAAAUCUCUUUUCAGUCCGUUCUCGAAUCAUUACGGCAUGUGCAAGCAACUAUUGUAGAGGCAGUGUUUUUUGGAGUUCAUCAUACUCCCCGAGAUGCUGGUUGUAUCUGGCCGAAGUUAGAAAAAUUGCGCAACUUGGAUGUGUGCAAUGGAUUUCUUGGUAGUAUGAUAUUAUUGGGCAAUUUUAUCGAAUCAAUUCCUAAUGUUCAAAAAUUAUCGUUAACAGGAUUUGACUUGCAAAGUCUCUCUCCAUUGGACUUGGAUGGGCCCCUGAAGAGUCUGAAUUCUAUUUCACUCCAGUCGUGUGAUUUGAGAACGGUUCCAUUGCUCCCUUCAAGGCUCAAAGUUCUUCGUCUUCAUGACAACCUGCGGUUGUCAAAUCAAAAAGACAACAUUGUUGUUUUUCCCUUCUUGGAAACUCUCAACUGCUAUAAUACUGGACUCAGUGAUGAAUGGAUUGUUUCCGUUCUCAAAAAUGCCCCCAAUCUCAAGCAUCUAGACAUUGGAAGUCGCCUGGUCGGAGGUUACACCACCGCCCACCAGAAGUUUCCUGUAUGCGAAAAGGUCGUGGUAUUGAAUGUUAGCUAUUUACAGUAUGAUGAAAAGGACUUCAUACGUAUGGUGGAAAAAUGUCCAAAUCUGGAAAAGCUAAUUAUCUGUGGUACAAAGAUCACAGGUGUUGCGGUGAAGCAUUUUGUUACCCAAGGUAUUAAAUUUCUCGACGUAAAGGACUGUGAUAAAAUCAGUCCGGACGCUAUCGAAUAUGCUCGUGGGAGGGGUGUGGAAGUUAAAUUCAACUUUACUGAACCCACAACCGCGCCAAAUUACAGAGACCGAAUGAUAGCACUUUGAAGAGGGGUUGAGCUCGAACUGGGUCGGACAGUCUCGCACACUUCUACGUUGACGGAGGUAGAAGUUUGCAAGACAAUUCAUAAACAAAGUAAGGCUCCAACAGCUCGCUAGUUGUAUAUGCAUACUACCUUUCUACACCAUGUGAGCGAGAUUACAAUCUACUACCGCGAUACAAGUCAAUUGCUUUCGAUCAUAUUAAUCUCGAAGGUGUACGCAUGCCUUGCUUUCUUAUUGAAAAAGUCAUAUCCUCAUUCUACAAUCAUCUCCCCCCCUAUAAGCACACUAUUCUCCCACCAUGCACCUAACUUCCCUCAUCCGCAUAUCGCAUCGCGAAUGUAUACUAUACACUAUAAUACAAUUGUUCGUAGCUUAGCCUAGCUUCAUCCGCCUCGAUUUUCCAGUAGAGUUCUCUUUGAGGAAGUGUGAACGUGCUUGUUACCUCUCAGGACUUCGAUCCCUACGUACCCUUUCUUUUCAUAGUCUUUAUUUCCCCACACUCUGGAGUGAGGAGUGCGGAGCAACACUCUUGAAGUUUCGCGAAAUUUGAUUCCUGGGAUGAUUCGAGGACGUGGAUUUGGAUGGAUUAGGCGGUACGAUGGAUAGAUGGAUCUGUAGAUGGGAUGUGUGGAUGAUUUCAGGGGAUGUUUUUGUUUUGGGGGGAGAGGGGGAGAGGGGGAGAGGGUGGUGAGAUGGGAAGAGUAGCUAUGUUUAUAUAUUCUUUCCAUGCCCUUCCAGCUAGCGCGUUACAAUUGCAAUUGCAAUUGUAAUCGCAUAAUUGCAUAAUCCUAUAAUCUCACAGUCACA